AGGAGGGGGGAAAGAGACAUUUUAAUAAUAAAAAAGAGUAGAGAGAGUCAUGGAGAAAGAGAAAAUGACAAGAAAGGUGAUUUUUUGAAGAGAAAGAGAGAGAAAGAAGGUGUUUUUCAGAGAGAGAGAGAGAGAGAGAGAGAGAAAAGGUAGAAGUGGGCAGAGAGCUUGAUUGGAUUUUCUGGAGGAAACAGAACACAACAAGCAAGACCCACUUCAAAGCUAGGUGGGAGCUGAGGGGUGCGUAGGAUAAGCAGAAGCAGAAAAAGUUUGUCUUUUAAGCGCUCUUCACAUUUUUCUAUCCCUUACAUGGUGUAGCGUGGUAGUGUAGUAGUGUUUGCUCCUAUGCUUAAGCUUUAAACUGGGUGCGUAGGAUAAGGAAGAGUUUGCUUUGGUUCUUUGUGGGUUCUUUUUUUUAGUGAAGAUGGGUUCUUGUGCUUAUGGUGGUUGUGUUCAUUUUAGCAGAAGCAGACUUUUGGUUUUGGUAUUUUGCUUGUGCAGUUUGGUUUCACUAUCUUGCGCUGCUAGAUUGAGUGUGUCAAGACAGAAACUUGAGGUUCAAAAACACUUGGACCGCUUGAACAAGCCAGCUGUUAAAAGCAUUGAGAGUCCAGAUGGAGAUAUAAUUGACUGUGUUCACAUGUCUCAUCAGCCAGCUUUUGAUCACCCCUACCUCAAAGACCACAAGAUUCAGAUGAGACCUGGUUACCAUCCAGAAGGGCGAGUCUUUGAUGAUAACAAGGUAUCUACAGAAUCCAAAGAAAGAACAAACCCGAUUACUCAGUCGUGGCAUGUGAAUGGUAAAUGCCCCGAGGGUACUAUUCCCAUUAGAAGAACAAAGAAGGAUGAUGUUUUAAGAGCUAGCUCUGUGAAAAGAUAUGGCAAGAAGAAGCACCGAGCAAUCCCCCAGCCCAGGUCUGCAGAUCCUGAUCUCGUCAAUGAAAGUGGUCACCAGCAUGCAAUAGCUUAUGUGGAAGGGGAUAAAUACUAUGGAGCAAAAGCAACCCUUAAUGUAUGGGAACCCAAAAUACAGCAGCCUAAUGAAUUCAGCUUGUCUCAGCUGUGGAUACUGGGAGGCUCCUUUGGUCAAGAUCUCAACAGCAUUGAAGCUGGUUGGCAGGUUAGCCCGGAUCUGUAUGGCGAUAACAACACACGGCUCUUCACCUACUGGACUAGUGAUGCAUAUCAAGCCACAGGUUGCUACAAUCUCCUUUGCUCAGGCUUUAUUCAAAUCAACAGCGAGAUUGCAAUGGGUGCAAGCAUCUCUCCUGUUUCUGGCUAUCGCAAUUCCCAAUAUGAUAUCAGUAUACUUGUCUGGAAGGAUCCAAAAGAGGGGCACUGGUGGAUGCAAUUUGGUAAUGACUAUGUGUUGGGUUAUUGGCCUUCUUUCCUGUUCUCAUACCUAGCAGAUAGCGCUUCAAUGAUUGAGUGGGGAGGUGAGGUGGUGAACUCAGAGCCUGAUGGUCAGCACACCUCCACUCAAAUGGGCAGUGGUCGUUUCCCUGAAGAAGGGUUCGGCAAGUCAAGUUAUUUCAGGAAUGUUCAAGUUGUUGAUGCCUCCAACAAUCUCAAGGCCCCCAAAGGGAUUGGCACCUUCACUGAGCAAUCCAACUGCUAUGAUGUUCUAACUGGCAAUAAUGGGGAUUGGGGCCAUUACUUUUAUUAUGGGGGCCCUGGUAGAAAUGAAAAUUGUCAAUGAAGUGAAACACACCCUCUCAUUUUCACCCCUCCCCAUAUAUUCUCUCCCUAUGUAUCAUUCAACCUAGUGUAAUGCCUCCCUCUCCCUCUCUCCCUCUCUCUUGUAUACCCCUUUUUAGUUUUUAAUGUUAGGUUGGGCUAGUGAACGUGACAUCUCUGAAGUGGGAAGUUUUGACCCUUGUUUUUUUCACCAAGAUUCUCCAUGCAAGUGGCUGGGGAAGCGGCCAAGUUUCUCAAAAAGCUCAAAGAAACUGGCCUUUUACUCCCCCUGUACUCUAUUUGUUUGUUAAUACUUCUUCCUUGGGAGUGGUUUGUUAGUGAAUGAAUGAAUCUCUCACCUUUCUUGGCCAUGAAAA